AUGUACACGAGGCGUCCGAGACCGAGGGGCGGCAAGAGUGCGAAGCGUCAGAAGCGUCGGAAUCAAUUCGCACAGGGCUUUAGCAAUCAGUUGGAGAACAUCUUGAGUACCGCGGACGCGACUCAAACUUCUUCUGAUCUUGGAGCGGCGCCGCAGAUUCAUUCGUCAUCUUCGAGUUCCGGGGUUGUUGCUGUGCCUAAGCCGAGCGCUAGUGCUAAGUAUCAACCAGCGAAACCUUCUCAGAAAGUGGGUCCUUCUUCAUCGGUGCGAUUGGUUGAUUUUCCCGACAGUGCCUUUGUUGAAGAGAUUUCAUCGGAAGAGGAGGUUUCAGUGAGCAAGGAGGUGAUCGAAGCUGGUGGGACGGAGAGUGACUACACCUCAGUGAGGCGGCUGAGCGAAGUGUCACGUGGUGUUGAUCAAACAGUUUUCGACUUGCCGAGGUGGAUUUCCGGAAGCGUGAUUGUGAAUAAAGUUGCAUUUCGGGACGAGCAAGGCGAAUUCUAUCUUGAUUCGGCGAGCGAUUUGUUUGAGUCCUUGAAAGGUUGCGCGGCAAGUGGUGAGUACAUUGAGGCUUUGAUUCAGAGCGAAUUGGCAGCAGUCAUUCCUGUGAUCUUUGUUAUUUACAAUCGCGAUCAGAAGGCCAGUCUUGCAAAAGAGCUCAGUGCGGUAGCUGCGAUUGACGAUCAGAGAGAGUUUGUUCGGCAGUACCGGGAUUCUGGUAUCUUUGCGAUUGAAGUCAGGAACUCGUGGGAAGAUUGCAAGCGGCAGAGAGCAGCGGUUCAUUCCGCGCCCUGCCCGCAAGCGGAGGACGCUGAGCUGCCAAAGCCAUUCCUGGUGAAGCCCAGUAACCUUAAGGACUUAAAGGUAAGUUGCCCAGAAGCAUCCCGCUUUUACGCCAGUGAAGUUCGAGAAAACGUCCCAUUGUUCAAAGAAAGGGUGAGUAUUCUGCAUAUGCCCGGGGAGGUUGAUGAAAAGAAUGAUUUAGGUGAUUCGUCAAAAGCCUUAGAUGAAGAGUCUGAUGGGUAUGAACCAAGCUUAGCACCAGAAGGCGCAGCAGCGCCGCCAGACGAAGAGGCUGUGGAGCAUUCGUCGAAUCAUUCCAUUUUACAUCUUCCCAAGAGAGCGGAUUGCCCCAUUUGUCAAGAAGCAAAGCAAGACGCUGUUCCUGCUAGGAACCAAAGCUGCAAGCAGAGGCGCCGUUCGUUGCCCUUGCAGUGUGCUGCUGGCUUUGCCUACUACCACCUGAACCACUUUACCGGUGGCCUGGACUUCGAGCGCGAGGCGAGUGAUGUGGUCGUCUUUUUGGAAGAUGCCAAGGUCUUGGCCCAUCUCAGAAGGUUUCGCAGUCGAGUCUUCCUCAUCAAGGGCACUGCCACACUGACGCCUUUGGCGAAGUCCCGUGUGUUCGAGAAGUGGACCUGGGUGAAACAGGGCGGCUCUCGGAAGGCUAUGAGUCUUGACACAGAUGACAAGAUCCCACCACUCAAGGAUGACCCUCCGCAGGGGAAGGCGUUUCAACACUACGACUGCCGCCGGGCCUGUGCGGCUCAUGCCAAGCGUGUGGUCGUGGUGCACUCAGUGUGUCCACUCCCAGAGUUACCUACGAAGAUGAAGGGAUGA